AUGACUUGUUUCACGAACCCAGUACAGACGUACGCCAAACCCCCAGAUGGUGGAUGGGGGUGGGUUGUGAUUUGUAGUAGUCUGACAGUUCGUAUGCUGACAAUGGGAGUCUAUGCACAUGCCGGUGUACUCAUCGUUGCAAUGCAAUCAACUAUGGUCAACAAUUCUGUCGGUGAGAUUGUUUUAGUCACCUCUUUGUAUUUCGGAUUUAUGUUUUUCAUAGGUCCAAUUGGUAUUUACUUAAAUGACAGAUAUGGUACAAGGCCUACUAUGCUUAUAGGCGCUACAUUAUCAACUAUUGGGUUGUUCCUGAGUUCCUUUGCUUUCAAUAUGUAUUAUCUGUACAUAUCAUAUGGUGCCAUAACAGGUACUGGUCAUGGUUUUUUGCUAGCCACGAGUUUACCAAUUCUGUCAAAAUACUUUGACAAACAUUUUGCUUCUGCAACUGGGAUUGCCUGUGUUGGGACUGGCCUGGGUUUUUUUAUUUUUCCACCGAUGACUCAGUUUUUUGUUAGUAAAUACGGUUGGCGGGGAUCGUUUAUAAUUUUAUCCGCAAUCAACGCAAAUACUUUUGCAUGUGCUGCUGUUAUGCGUCCAAUCAUUGUGACUAGUCAAGAACAAGAAAAGAAAAACACGGACAGAAUACAUUAUGGUCGUUUUAAAAAAAUACUUCAUGGCCUUGGCUUUCAACUGUUGUGUACAAACCAUAAUUUUGCUUUGAUGAUACUGGGCAUCUUUGCGGGAGGCAUAAGUUUUAUAAUUUUACUCUCACUCAUCAUGCCCUAUGCAGUUGAUAUUGGAAUUCCAGAACUGAAAGCAUCAUUUCUAGUUACAGCAGUAGGCAUUGCCAGCCUCUCAAUCAGACUUGUUCAAGGAUGGGUUGUUGAUAGGGGUUAUAUACGACCAAUCUGCAUUCUGCCGAUCAUUAUGCUUAUUACGGGAAUUGCGCAACUAACGAUUGCUUCAACAACCAUGUUCCCUGUGUUGAUUGUUGCGUGUGUCUUUAUUGGAGCUUGUGAUGGCAUAUACUUUCCUGUACAUUAUGUCUGUUUGAAAGUAAUGGUAGGAGUAACAAAUUAUUCACUUGCAAAUUCAACAACGUUAUUAGUAACCGGAGUUGCGGGAGUUCUAGGCUCACAGUUUGGAGGUAAGAUACGAUCGAAUUUAAACACACAAGUACACGAAUUUGCUGUUCCUAUUCCUAACUGCCAAUGUGAAUCUCAAUAUGAAUCUAUUCUUUCCUGA